AUGCCGGUUACUUUGACUACUUCCAGCUCCAAACCAGAGGCGUGGGGUGGAGCCAAGGCAGACACGGCGGAAUCUCUCUUGGAGGAGUCCUGUCCAGAAAAUGCCCGUCGCUGCAAACAGCUGUUCCAGAGCUCUUUCACCCCGCAACAACUCGCAGAAAACCACAUCAGCUCCUCUUCAAAUGGACUUGUCCAUGCCGUGUACCGGGCAUAUAGCCACCACCACCAUCUGACCCUGCGACCCGAGGACGUGUGGUUCGCCAUCCUCUCCCAACUGAGCUUCUACAUCAACGAACAUGCCGAAGAUUUGCGGUCGCAUUUCGUGGCCCAUGAAGGCAAGGAGGAACUUUCUGUCAGGGCAGUGGGGACAAUUCAUUCAGUCGACUUGGGUGCAUUGGCAGUUCAAAUGACCGAGGAAAUUCAAAAAAAGGUCGUGGAUCCCGAACUACGGACGUGGCUCAUGCCGGCAUUCAGCACCACCACCGUCAGUGACCAGAUUGUAGCAGCUGUCCUGAUGAUGGGUGCCAUGCAGCAAUACUUCUCCUAUGCGGCCUAUCUUAUGUGUGGGAUCCCCAGUGUGACGUUGUUGGGAGAGCGGGAAGACUGGGUACAGCUGCUAAGCAAACUGGACAAGCUCCCCGACUUGGGUGCGGAGCCCGCUCAAUUUGCUCGCCUUCUCCGACCUGUCCUGCACAGAUUCAUUAUCUCCUUUGACGAGCCCACUUCAGACUCGGUUCGGGAAUUCUGGGGCUUAUGCGCAGAUCGAAUCUCUGGCGGAAGCGGCCCCUCCUACCUCUCGGGAUGGAUUACCGCGUUCUGCUACUGGAAUGAAAAAGGUCAGCCCAUGGACAAGGGAACGCCGGGAUGUGAAUUGGAUGGUGUCCAAUUUCAUCGUGUCGACUUCACGGACAUCCCCGGCGCGUUCGCCUCAGUCCCUAUGAAGGUUAAUGACAAUGGCACGGAAUAUGAAACGGAACUAGUCGCCGGAGUAGUAGGCAUUCAUGCAAGCUGUGGUAGACAGACGAUGGCUGCUGUUGGAGAUACAGAUGCCCGGCACGACAUGAUCCAGCCGGCUUCGGGGUGGUGGAUAUAUGAGAAGGAAGCUGCUGCAGAGAACCCGGAAUGA